AUGGCCAAUAGCACGGACAUAUCGUUCGACUCUUUCUGGAACAUCCUUGACGGUGAGCGACGAGGCUCCUCCCGCGUGCACCACGGCACCAAUCCAGCAACAGGAAAGCCAUUGUGGGAUGUUCCCAUCGUUACCGAGGAGGAUGUCAACGAUGCCGUUCGUGCGGCGCGGAAAGCCUUUCCCAAGUGGUCCGCUACUGAGUACAGCACCCGUGUGCAACUGCUCAACCAAUUCGCCGAUGCCUUUUUGCAGUGGGCCCCUGAAUUUACGACGCUACUGCAGGCCGAAACUGGUCGGACGAAAGAUGUCGCGCAGAUCGAGGUCCAUUGGUCCGUUCUUUGGCUCCGUCAUCCAGCGUCGCAGGUUCUCCCUCAUCAGGUAUUGCAGGAUGAAGACAAGGAGGUGACCAUCCGGUAUGAGCCUCGAGGGGUGGUCGCAGCGAUCUGUCCGUGGAAUUAUCCAAUUAUGCUAGCAUUUGGCAAGAUCGCCCCGGCGCUGGCUGUCGGGAAUUGUGUGAUUGUGAAGCCUGCACCAUCUACACCGUACACGUGUCUUAAGUGUAUAGAACUGGCUCAGUCUAUCUUCCCUCCCGGCGUUCUGCAAGUGCUGGCCGAUGAUGGCCAUCUGGGGCCUUCUUUGGUCGAUCACCCUGGCAUUGCCCAUAUCUCCUUCACGGGGUCUACGCCCACCGGGAAGAAGAUCAUGGAGGCUGCGGCAAAGACGCUCAAGAAGGUGACAUUAGAACUGGGUGGGAAUGAUGCCGCCAUCAUCUUGCCGGAUGUGGACAUCGAAAAAGUGGCUCCGCAGGUCGCAAUGAGUGCAUGGUGGAAUUCGGGUCAGUCAUGUAUUGCGACCAAGCGCGUCUAUAUCCAUGAGUCCAUUUAUGAGCGUUUCCUGCGAGCUCUGGCGGAAUUUACCCGGUCCCACGUCAGGGUCGGAUGCUCCUCGGUUGAUGGUGCCACCAUGUUGGGCCCGAUUCAGAACAAGAUGCAGUAUCAGAAACUGAGAGAUCUGAUCGAAGACUGCCGACGAGAAGGGUGCAACUUUUCCUUGGAUCAACCUCUUACAGCACAGGAGGAUCUCGCUCGCCAAUCCCUCGAGUCUGGCUUCUUCCUCUGGCCGAUAAUUGUAGAUAAUCCCUCAGCAGGUUCUCCGCUGGUCAUUGAGGAACAGUUUGGACCUAUCAUCCCCUGUAUGCCCUUUUCUGAUAUCGAAGCGGUGAUUUCCGCUGCGAAUUCCACUUCAGUCGGAUUGAGUGCAAGCGUAUGGGGCGAAGAUGCAAAGGCAACGCAGCGGAUCGCGGACAGCCUGGACGUAGGAACGGUCUUUGUCAAUGGUCCCUCACGUCCAGAUCCUCGCGUCCCAUUCUCAGGCCAUAAGGAGAGUGGAAUAGGUGUGGAGUAUGGAUUAAUGGGACUGAUCGAGUACUGUCAGGUGAAAUCUGUGGUCAAGUACAGAGCAACUUCUUAA